AAAUAUACAAUUUUCUUUACAAAUAUUUUUUUUUUCUUAUUAAAAACAACUGAAAUGGUGAAAAUUGAUUUUUGUCAAAUAUGCUCUAAGAUCACUCCUUAAUAUUUUUCUACAAUCAAUCUAUCCCUAUACUUUUAAGCUAAGAUACACUUUUGAUAAAAGAGACAAAAUAAAAUCCAUGCCAAACAAAUGCAAUAAUUUCUAGUAUUUUUUUUAUGCAAGUAUAUAUAAUAUAUGAUGUAAUUAUUUUUUCUUUUUUUUUUCUUGAGAAAAUUAUAUAUAUAUUUUUUCUAAGAUCACCAUAUCUACACUAUCUGCUGACUUUGAUCCACAUGGUGUGUCACGUUUUUGUAGUAAUCCGUGUCGUUUGUCCCAUUAUUACCAAACUUUUACUAGAAUAUUUAUGUUGACAUUGACCAGAGAUGUUGCUUAUGUAUAUUUCCUGCUUCUCUGGCACAAAUACAUUACCUUUUUGAACUUUUUUCUUUCCCAUGGUAGCUAUAUAUACCCUUUAAGAAAAUCAAUUCUGCAACAUCUAUUUUCCGCAUCUUGAAAUAUCACUGUCAAAAAGUUUGAACUUUUGUGUUGGUCUUUUCAAUAUUUUGAGUUGCAUAAGGGAACAAAACAAUGAAUGCACUAGCAGCCACCAACAGGAACUUCAGGUUGGCCUCCAGGCUCCUGGGGUUGGAUCCCAAGCUUGAGAAAAGUUUGCUGAUUCCAUUCAGAGAAAUCAAGGUUGAGUGUACCAUCCCCAAAGACGAUGGCACCUUGGCCACUUUUGUUGGAUUCAGGGUUCAACAUGAUAAUGCCAGAGGCCCCAUGAAAGGAGGGAUCAGAUACCAUCCUGAGGUUGAACCAGAUGAAGUGAAUGCUUUGGCACAACUUAUGACAUGGAAGACAGCUGUAGCAAACAUACCAUAUGGUGGUGCCAAGGGAGGGAUAGGGUGUGACCCUGCAGAAUUAAGUUCGUCAGAGUUGGAAAGACUCACUAGAGUUUUCACUCAGAAAAUUCAUGAUCUGAUUGGAGUGCAGACAGAUGUGCCAGCACCUGAUAUGGGAACAGGACCACAGACUAUGGCAUGGAUACUAGAUGAGUAUUCCAAAUUUCAUGGCCACUCGCCUGCAGUAGUGACUGGAAAACCUAUUGAUCUCGGUGGAUCUCUAGGCAGAGAUGCAGCCACAGGACGAGGAGUCCUGUUUGGAACUGAGGCUUUGCUUAAGGAGCAUGGGAGGAGUGUAUCUGGACAACGGUUUGUGAUACAGGGUUUUGGAAAUGUGGGGUCUUGGGCUGCACAAUUGAUCAGUGAGAAAGGUGGGAAAGUUGUUGCUGUGAGUGACAUAACUGGGGCCAUAAAGAAUAGCAAUGGACUUGACAUUCCAAGCCUACUCAAGCAUUCUAGAGAACACAGAGGAAUAAAAGGAUUCCAUGGUGGUGAUCCAAUUGAUCCUAAGUCAAUUUUGGUUGAAGACUGUGAUGUUCUUAUUCCAGCAGCUCUUGGAGGAGUCAUCAACAGGGAAAACGCAAAUGAGAUUAAAGCCAAAUUUAUUGUUGAAGCAGCCAAUCACCCAACUGAUCCAGAGGCUGAUGAGAUUCUGAAAAAGAAAGGGGUUGUGAUCCUGCCAGAUAUACUUGCAAAUUCAGGAGGAGUCACAGUUAGCUACUUUGAGUGGGUGCAGAACAUACAAGGGUUCAUGUGGGAUGAGGAGAAGGUGAACAAUGAGCUAAGGACAUACAUGACCAAAGGUUUUAAGGAUGUGAAGAACAUGUGCAAGACCCAUAAUUGUGAUCUUCGUAUGGGAGCAUUCACCCUUGCAGUUAACCGUGUUGCAAGAGCCACUGUCCUUAGGGGAUGGGAAGCUUGACCUCAUAAUAUUGAUCAUACUUUGGACAAAGAGAAACAUUGUUAGGGAAGCUUACAUGGAUUUUAUCAAAUAAAGAAAGAAAUUCAUUUUCAAUUCAUAUGUCUUAUUGUUUUUUUCUUCAAAAUUGUAUUGUUUAUUUGUAUUUUAGGAUCAUAAUUUCAAAUUGUAAUUCUUAUGAAUA